UUGUAAGAGUAUUUCUUGGGGGGGAUUCCUUAUCUUUCAAUCGAGGCUCAACGGUUAAAAGGAAAAAAAAAACUUAAGAUUUUGCGUAAUCGACCUAGAUCGAGAUCUAGACUCUAGCUAGACACUCUAGUUCUAGAAUCUAGAGCUAGAUCUUACUAUAAUGAUUAAUAAUGCUGACAGAUCAAGUCUAGAGAAUAGAUAAAAUAAAAAAUAUAUUCUAGAUCUAAAGUCUAAAUCUAGAAUAAUUCCAGACCAGGAUUAUUAUUUGUUCUAGACUGCUAAAAUUUUAAAAAGAUCUUUAAAAUCUAUCUUCUCGAUAGAGACCAUGUCUCAUUGUGUGUCCAGAAUCCAAUGAAUCUUUAUCUAUGACAAGCCAAAAUUCUGAAUAGAAAAAAAAAGAGAAUUAACAGCUUGAAAAUAAUAAAAAGUGCCAUCUGAGUUUUCAAAGUUGAUCUAACAUUUACAGACAUUAUCUUCUGCAUCGUGGAUCAGAUCUUUAUGUUGUGGCAAUAAAAAACAAAGCAGCUUGACAUGAUUCAAGAUAAUUACAUUUCAAGCACACAUGCAAAUGAGCGCAAAUUCUCAGUGCGACUAGCGAAAAAAAGGAAUGAUAAUUUGUCAGUACCUCUUGUUGAGCAUUCUCAAACCAGAAGUUUAAGUACUUUGUCUGAAUCAUCCGCUGAAAACAACAAUACUUAUGACUCGGAAAAAAUUGAAAAUUCAAAGCAAUUUCUUAAUUGUUUAGAACUGAAACCAGUGAAUCUAGAUCAAGAUUUCACAGCUGGAAAUUUUCAAGACAUUGUCAAUUUAAACACUGCUGCUCCAAUGGUACAUCUAAUCAAGUAUAAAAAGAAACUAGAUUUACCAGCAACCAAGGAGACAGAUUCAGACUUAAAAUUAUGUAAAGUGAAAAAGAGAACCAAAAAGGAUAUAAAACAAACAAUGAAAAUGAACAAUGCAGUUACUGAGAACAAAGAAAAUGUGGCUACACAAGUAUGCACAAUGUAUAGUGGUAGUUUUGAAAAAAAUGAAAACGCGGUCAGAAAAAAAGAAGCUGACCAUUUAGAAAAAGAGAAUGCUAAAGUAAGUUCUUCAACAUCAGACAAUGUUAGUGACCAAAAAUACAUAUUAAAAGUGACUCAUUCAAAUAAUAAAGAGGAUGAUAAAUUGAAACAAAUUUACAUAUUUCGUGAUGUUAAUAGAAUCGCUCCCAUAGAGGAAAAACCUCUUUCGCUUGAUGUCGCUAGAGAAAGCAAUAUGUUGUUUGCUGUUGACCUGAACAGACAUGGGAAAAAAAGGCGAUACGACAAACUCAUGAAGAAACUGGAGGAUGGGGAGAAAACGAUUGAGUCCAAUCUAAAAGAGGUGAGAAUGAUGGAAGAUGGGGAUGCAGACAAAGAAGACAUAGACACCUGCGUUGAGAAGUUGAAAGAGAAACUUCGAGUGAGGGAGAAGAAGAAGUACGAGUAUUUAAUCAAUUAUAUGCAGGACCAGUGGAAAGUUGACCAGCAAAGCUUCCAAGAUUUAUUGCCGCAAAAAGUAGAGCUGGUCAAGGCUAAUGUUGUCAAGCAGCUUGGAGCCCAAGCUGAUAAAGCUGCUGAGAAACGUCUGCGAGGUAGACCUAAGAAGCUAAACAUGUCUCAGCCUGAUGAAAGGAAAGAGGAAGUAGCGAAAAAGCCCAAAAUAAGUAACAGCAAAAAAACUGGGAUUGUUCAAACUAGAAAGAGUAGUGUAUCCGAGAGAGGGUUUCCUGUCAAGUUUCCUAAAAGUCUGCUUCCAGACUCCCGCUUGGUUCAGAACAGACAGAAGAUAGAAAACUUUCGCCUUGGUAUUGUGGAUAAAGAUGGUGGACAGAAGAUUAUUGAAUUAAACUGUGACACAAUGAAGGGUACUCCUAAAACAUUUAAUUACAACAGUCAGUCUAAGCCCCAAAACAAAGAUGAUUCAAAUGUGCAUGACAUUCCAAAACUGUUUGUCUCCUCUAAUGUCCCUGUGAAAACUCCUUCAACAAGCAUCACGCUGCCAUCAAUAUCUUCUCUGGAGAAGGAUUAUGAGCUGGUCAGCUUGUUGCCCUCUUGCCCUGAAUCCUAUGGCGAUGUUAAGAGUGAUCACUUCUACAUUCCACAGUCGACAUUUGAUACGGAUGGAAAGACAAGCAUGAUCAUAGUUGGUCCUUUUCGUAUGGCUUUUGAGCCUAAACCUCAUCUUAUUUUGGUCCCUCCAGAACAAUUUAAGAAAGGCCCUGCCAUGAUAUUGAGAAAAAAAAUACGCUCUCCAAGCCAAACUCCACCUAGAGAUUUCAGAAUUCACAGAGAUACAUCUCAAAAUUUUCGGCUCAGUGAGAAGCUUCCUGCAGACACACAACUCAGAGAACAUUGUGAUCCAGCAGUAGUGGCUCAUGACCAUGACUACAUGACCCCGCUGGCGCUAAGAGACAACGUGAGGCGGUACUGCAAGGCUGUUGCCAAACACAGUGCCAAUGCUAAAUUCAUUGAUGCUCGUGUCGAGGACAUCACAAAGGAAGAGGAUAAUCUUUUGGUGACUAUCAAAGGCGACAAUAUGCUACGCAGAGUUAAGAAUUUAUCCAGUUUUGUCAAUGUGCCCAUGCAGAACAAUGAGGAUGGAAUACCCAUAGCUUAUACCUUGGAUCAAAUCAUGACUACUACACUGCAAAAGGCUCAGUCCAUGUCCAAGAGAGAAGAAUUGGUAUUUGAAUCUAUGCAGUCUGGAGACUAUGGUCAGGUUCUUUUCCCUCUGUCUUCCAUGGGAGAUGUUGUAAUGGAGGUAAUGAUUCCCCCUGGGGGUACAGAGACCACAACAAGAUCAAAGCUGAAGUCUGCAGAUGACGUCAAUAGAAUACAAACUUCAGCCUCCAUGUGUGACAUUGCUGAGAGUGGGGCCAAUGAUGACACAAGUGUCAAGUUUCUAAACAGCAUGGAGUGUAUAGACUGUGAUGCCAAAGAUAGCAAUGAUACUCUCACUGGUUUCAUUCAUGAUGAUAAUGCUCUCAAAGUGGAUAGCCUCAUCCCAAUAGAAAAUGAAGCAGCAGUUGAUUCUGCUCAACGCCCUGGACUUAAGUGCUGUAAAGUGUGUCUACGCCUGUUUCCCAGUGACUAUGUUCUGUUCACCCAUGUCAGGUCACACCAUGCCACCUGCGAGACCAGGGAUGCUGUCUAUCUGGAAGAGCUACGUGCCAGAAGUCACCUGGCCUGCCCAGUGUGUUGUGACCCUCCACUGUAUUUCGCUACGCCCUCAAAGCUCAGACAGCAUUUGCGGCAGCUCCAUGGUAUUGAAAAUUACGUAGAGACAUGCAAGUUUUGCCGUUCAGAAUUCAUGGAUAAAAAUGAACUGGAACUUCACAUAGACCUUUCCCACAAUACAUUUUCAAGCCGAGGACUUGUUAGUCUAUUCAAUCCAACUCAUCAGCUUCUUAGAAAUGAAAGAGCUUUGCUUUCUUGUAGUCGUUGCAAUAUUGUGUUUGGGGACAGAUCUUCCUUGUUGGGGCACACGCUGAAGGUCCACCCUGAGCUGAACCAGUUCAACAUCUGCCGACUGUGUGAUAAAGUCUUCGACUCUGGCCCUUCCUUGCACAAGCACUUGAAGAAAGCCCAUGAGCAGACCCAUGCUGGGGAACUCAAGUGUCCUUUUUGUCCAGCUUGGCUGCCCAACAUGGAGUUGGCCUCUGUCCAUAGAUUGACACUUCAUAGUGGGGCAGUACCUGUACAUUGUCCAUUUUGUGGUGCAGGUUACCAAAGUCUUCAUCCCAUGUACAACCAUGUCAGAAUUCAACACCUACAAACUGAGGCUCACAUUUGUCCAGAAUGCCAAGAUACUUUUCCGUCCAGUCGCAUUUUGUCAGAGCACGCUAGAAAAGUUCACUUGAUCUCUCCCCGGAUCAUGAAGGAUACCUUGCUGGGCGCCAACAGCACGACUUACUGCUGUCCUUUCUGCACGGUGUCGUUUAUGCGAACCUACGACUUGGCGGUGCAUGUGAUUAACUCCCACCGGGACCACUUACUGCCAGCACAGUGCCACCUGUGCAUGCAGUCCUUUGUCAAUGACAUGGUUGUGAAAAUGCACAUGUCAGGUGCCCAUGGCAUUGAUAUGGAUGAUGGGGAGUAUGAAACUAGGGAUUCUGGAGUGCUGGAUGAAGAUGGUAGCUUAUAUUCACACAGUAAAAGUUUUGUGAACAGGAUUCCAAGCAGGAGAAUAAUUUCCAGACACAUCAUCGAUCAUGAAGACAUGUUAGAAACUCAGGAAGCUGGCAGAUAUCUGGAAGAACUAGAAGACCAUGAGACAGAAACUAUUGUAUAUUUAAAUGAAAGAAAUGAAGUCGUCAACACUGGAGAAAUGUUUAGCAAUUGUUCAGCCAUGGAGGAUGUUCAACUCUUGAGUCAGGCUAGUGAAGAGUUUAACCUUCAGGCUGUAGACUAUUUGGAGACAUUGUCCAAUGACAGCAUAGCUGUAGGAGCUGAUGUGGUGGCUGAUGUUAGCAUGGAGGAGAUGACUACUGGCAGAGGAGUUCUUUCCAGAACUCAAGAACUUUUGGGAAUGACCAGUCAGUUUGAAAUUGAUGGUGUCCUGUACGAGCUGGCAACAUCGCAUGAUGUCUCGUCCAGUCACCACCUCCAUGCCUCUAGGGACAUGAUGGAUAUGGACAGUGAUGACCUGAGAGUUUCAGAAGGUAUGUCCAUAGAUUCUACGGACUUUGCUCAUCUCUUGGAACAACAAGGUCAAUAACCGUCACAAAAAUAGCAGCGCUGCCUUCAUCAGAUUGCUUGUAUAGUCCUAGUUUUCUUGUAUGUAACAAAUACUGCCUUAAUAAGUCUUACGGUAUGUGCCUUAAAUUAGUCAUAAAUCAGUCUAAAGCUUUUUUUUUAGACAAAGAACAAACUUUAUAAUUAUUUUUUAACAAAGCUUAUAUUAAGUUUAUCAAUUAAUUUGGAUCAGUCAUGUAAUUAAAUUUGUAAUAAGCCUCAGAUGACUAUCUAUAAAGGGGACUAAUUCAGCUUAUACCACCACUUUAGUCAAGUACUAUUUACUUCCCUUGAAAGAGACUAAUUCAACUUAUACCACCACUAUAGUCAAAUACUAUUUCUUUCCCUUGUUUGAGUAAUUUAUUACCAAUAGUUAAUUAACUAAUUGUUUAAUUAAAAAAAAAUUGAUUCUUGUGUUGUCAGAGAAAAGGAAUAGUUGUGCAAAAUUUCAGCUUGAUCCAAGAUUGGUGUGUCAAAGAAAUAACCUGUACAAACUUUUGGCCAGACAAACACACCCAAUUUCGGAUCAAGUUGAAACUUCGCACAAUGAUGGUUUAACUCAGGGAUCUAUUAGGUCAGACAGUCUCUGAAAUUGUUUUUAGUCGGGUAUCAUUUUCAAUUUUGAAUUCCAUUUUGUUUACUGGCCAGUAUUAUUUCAAAUGUGAUAUUUAAAAAACUACAUGUUAAAGCAAAGUUAUGUAUGUUUGUUUUUUUUUAACUUUUUAAAUUAAAAGUGCUGUGAUAUGAAAAAAAGAUACUUUUGUUUUGUCCUCUAGUUACAUAUUGACUCACUCAAUUCCUAUUGUGUAUGAGAAAUUUUCAUUGGAAUGUUAUAUGAUUUUACAUUUUAUAAAUAUUUCACCAAGAGAAACUGGUACUGUUGGUUCUCAGUAAGACCUAACGCAAUGUUCACAUAUUAAGAAAAUGUACAGAAACAUUGUUGAGUCAAUGAGAAAUUUUAAAUUUCUUCUGUUUCAACAACUUUACAGCAGCCAUUGUUUGUUCAAACCCAGGGAAACCACUCAACCAACAUCCCCCUAAUCAUAAGAUUUAAUUCCAUUUAAUUAAUUUUCUUUUUUUUAAUAUUCUGACACAUUUUUUUUGCUAGGCAAGUACCAAAAAAAAAAAAGGGUAUAGUGGCCAUUCUGUGAAUUAUAGACAAAGUGAUAUAGCAGUCUGGUAGAGUAAAUUACAGAACCAGACCUGAAAUACACAAACCAGUUAAUUGAUUUGUUUCUUUAAUGUUUUACUUCAAUGUAUUAUCUUCUAUAGUGAACAUUUCUAUAUGGAAAUAUUUCUCUUUAGAUAUGAAUCUAAGGACCAUUAUUACUUAACAAGCAUGCUUAGUAAAUGAAAACAGCAUAGAUUAGUCCUUGGUUUCUUUAGAUAUGAUUCCAAAUCAUUGUUUCUUUACAACCAUGCUUAGUAAAUGAAUAGAAUAACAUAAUAGACUAUUUGAUUAGUCCUUGGUUUCUUGUAAACAUGCGAUUGUUUUCCUGAAUUCUAUAAAUGAUCUGAUUUUGUUAUCAUUUCCUUUUAAUUUAGUCCAAGCAAAGUGUUCCUAAUGUUUACAUUUUUUUCCAAGUUUUUUUUUUUUUUUUAAUUUUUUUUUUUCUUGUUUUUUAUUUAUUCAUGUAAAAUAAUUCUUACCAGACAUUCAUAACCAGCUAAUUAAAAGAAAAAAUAAUUUAACAUAGUUAUUGAUGAAAUAUUAGCAACAAUAAAUCAAAAUUACUUAUUUAUUUGAAACUUAUUGAAAGUAGCAGUAAUUUUUUUUUAAUUAGAAAUAUCCAUCUCUGGAUUAAAUUGGAUAAGACAAUGAUUACUGUAAAUAAAGUGUGUACGUUUGUAUGUUCUAGUCAAUUUCAUAAGUUUUCAUCUUGUAUUUGAAUACUGUUGUCAGUGUUUCACUUAAAUAAAAGAUUUUAA